AUGGUGACUGGGAUCGAGGCUGUCGGACUUACGCUUGCUGUUAUUCCUCUCCUCGUCAAUCAGCUCGAUGGAUAUGUUCGAGGUAUAGAGAAAGUCAAGUUGCUGAGGCGCUAUCGAAGAGAACUCGCGAACUAUUCAAGAGGACUUUCAACACAGCGAGCGGUACUUAUAAAUACACUGAUCCAAACUCUUGGAGGCAUUGUCAAUGAUGAGCAUGAACUUUCUGAGUUGAUCGACAAUCCAAAGGGGCCAGCCUGGAAAGACCCUGUUUUGCAGCGGGAGCUUCGUCUACGCCUAGACCGCAACUAUGAUCUGUUUCUGGAUAAUAUGAGUGGUCUGAAUGAGGAGAUAUUGAAGCUUGCUAAGAAGCUAGGAAUCAGUAUCUCAGAGAAUAGGAGUGCCGAUCCCAAAACAUGGGAUAUCAAGGAUUUUUGGAAGAUGCUCAGUAGAGCAGUCUAUGAAGAUCUCCUCGCAAAGAUUGAUGGAGCCAAUACGAUACUCAAGACUCUGCUGGAUCAGUCCCUCUAUCAAGAAGAAGCACGAAACAAGAAACGACACCCGUUGCCGCGUCUUCUUCAACAAUAUCAAAAAGGACGUAAACACGCAGAAGCUCUCUUCAAGACUGUCUUCGGAGCCUAUUGGCGCUGUCAGUGCAAUGAACAACACUGCGUCCACCUCCAACUACCAACAAACCCAUUAGUAUCCUCAAGGGAGUCAGACAUCCAGUCUAGACUUCAAAUGAACUUUUCAAACACUGGAAAAACGGAGAAUCAGAUCUGGACCUGGACAGAAGUUAUUUUCGAGCCGUGGCAAGACGACAACAUCCCAUCACUAUCCAGCCUCUCACUUCAAGAGUCUCACAAAAAGCCCAAAGUCCGUUUUGAUACGCCAACCCCCGAAACAGAUCGUUCCCAAACAACACUCUCCCUACCACCACGAAUCAAUGAUUUCUGCUCCUCACUCCGCAUAACCAAAGUAGAAUUUACCGAAAAAACCACCAACUGGACAACAACAGGCAUGAUCUCAAGCCAACUGGAUACCUACAUAAUGCACGCCUCAACAAAAGCCCUCAGUUCCACACCCCCAAAACCAUUAAUAGAAGUCAUAUCCCAAAUAAGCCGACACGACCGCCUCCAUAUCGCCACCGGUUUAGCUUGCGGCGUGAUUCAAUAUUGCGGCAACUGGUUGAAAUGCCGAUGGGAUAGUUCUGAUAUCCAUCUGACAGCCCAUAAAGAUGGUUGUGAUAUACUACUCGACAGUGUAUAUCUCUCCUGGCCACUGUCCACACCAGAGACAGAGACAGAAAAUACUGUUCCAGCUAUGCGGCAGCCGAACAAUAAUCUGCUCUUGCCUCUUGGGCUUGCACUGGUAGAAUUAUCACUUGGAAAAUCCUUGGAUUUCUUAUAUAACCCUGAAGAUGAGGACUGGGACGAGGAGAGGAUGAGGCGCAAUACUGCUAGCAGGCUUGUACCUAAGGUUUAUCUUGAGAGUGGCGUGCCCUAUGGAGAGGCUGUUGAAAGCUGUCUUUCUUGGUCUAGUGUGCACUCAUUAUGUGUCGAUCGAGGAGUUGAGGAGCGUGUUUUUGAGAGGAUCAUUUCUCCACUGUUGAGGGAUUUGGUUAAUUUUGAGGGGAUGAUGUAG